AUGGCUGGCCGUGGACGUGGGAAGCGCUCCUCUAGCGGCAAUCCCUUCGACGAGGAAGACCUUGAGUCGACAUUCACCGAUCUUGACGUUCGGUCAGUCUUCUCUGACAGGCCCCGCGUUGGACGAGGUCUUGGUAGAGGAGCCCGAAUUCUCGCCAACACCGAUCCUCUGAGUGGCGAAUCAUCGCUCCCGACAUCAGGAGGAACCUCAACCUCGUCUAGCUCCGGAGGACGAUCUCAAUCUCGAGGUCGCGGCCGACCCCGAAGCCGAGGGGGGAUAAUCGUCCCUCCUCGUCGACCGCAGUCAACUGAACAGUUCCAUGGCGUUCUUGAUGAAGACAAGCUCUCAAGUAUUUGCCAGAACGACGAGUCUGCGUACAGUUUCUUCGAAUGCCCAGUUGAAAAACGCUCAUCGUCCUCGGAUGAUAAGAUCUUGGGUAAGAAAGGAAACUUGCUUUCCAUUUCACAAUCCACGCUACCAAAGCUGGAAAAGAACAAGUACAAGAAGGACAGUACGAUGCAGUUGGCUCAGCGACCUGGCGCCGGGGUUAAAAAUGUCGCAAAAUUCCAAGUAGCUACGAACUUCUACGUUGCGAGUGGGAAGCCGAAAAAUGCUUACCUAUACCGCAUUGAUAGCGAGCUUCUUUGCGAACGUGCUGAUGGCAAGCCUCCUAUUCUCAACUAUGAAGAAGCCAUGAAUUUCUUCGAGUUGUUCGCGAACCAAGUCUACAAUCUUAAUGGUUCUCCUACCAGCAGCUCUUCAAGCUCGUCCUCCGAGUCUGAGACUUCGGCUCCAAAAAGUCCAAUGUACUUCGACGGCGGCAAUCUUUUCUACACUCUCGAGAGAAUCGAGGAUCAAGAAAUGGUUGUCUUCAGACCAGACCGUCCGAAUCAUUGCAAGUACAAGAAUGUUCUUGUGAGGAUCAAGAAGGUGAAGGACUUGUCGCUGUUUUUCGACAAAGAUAUUGGACAGUAUGACCAACUGGUGCUCCAUAUGCUUGAAACCGUCUUGAAGGCCUCUCUCUACAGAAAGGACUACACUCGGGUUAAGAACAGCUUCUAUCUUCUAAACAAGACAGCUCGUCCGGCAGACUGCCGCAUCCCUGGAAAAGACGUCUUCGCCGGCUUUCACAUCACGAUGAAACACGUCCAGUCCGGCCUCGCUAUUCAGCCCAAAGAAAAGCUUGGUGUCUUUCACAAGUCUCUCCCUGUUCUUCACUACCUCAGUGACAUUUUCCAGCAGGAAGUUGCCAACGAGCAUUUUUGGUCUGACGAAUACCUACGAAGAGAAGCGUGCAGAGUUCUCAAGGGCCUGAAAGUGAUGCUCCACAGUAACACCAAGAGCAACGGAAAAAUCAAAGUGAUCAAGGACAUUACCCGGGGAAGUGCCCAGUCGGAAACAUUCACUCUUGCAGAUGGCACAAAAACCAACGUCGCAGAUUACUUCUACAAACGGUCAACAAAUCGACAAGGACUUCAGUAUCCACGUAUUCCAUGCAUGACUGCCGGAGCUAGAACAGACUCGAACGGUCAAGUGUAUGAAGAGCGCUUUCCGUUGGAGAUGUGCGAAAUAAUUCCAAAACAACCCGUUAAAGGAGUUUUGGACCCCGCUGCCAUCAGCUCCUUGAUUAGAGUCUCGGCCAAGCCAGCGCCACAGACUUUCAAUGGGAUCAAGGACAGCAUGAAACAAGCACGGCGCGAGCUCCAACAAGAGUUCGAUAAUCUUGACAUCAAAGUGAGCGAGACAAUGAUCAAGGCAGAGGCUCGAGUGCUUCCAUCUCCUACGCUCCAAUACGGAUGCUCCAGGGUUGAAAACAUCAUGAAUGGCUCAUGGAACCCUCGCAGAUUCAUAAAGCCAGUUACGAUCAAGCGUUGGGGCUGUUGCAUCGUCAGUCAUCGAUCCCAACGAAACUCGGUGGACACAGUAAACAGGGCUAUGGAUACCUUGUACAGAACUGCCAAUGAGCAUGGCAUGACACUGCACCCUCUAGCUUAUCAGAACAUGCCAAACGUCAUCAGUCCCAACGAGCUCGAAGAAUUCUUGAAAUUCUGCCGACAAGAAGAGUUCGAGUUAGUCCUGGUCGUCCUCGACAACAAGAACGGCCUAGAAUAUGCCCGCACCAAAUUUAUCUCAGAAAGACUCUUGGAUGGCCUCCUUACACAGUGCGUUCUGAUGAAAACACUGACGAGACUCAACAGCCAGUCCGCCUCCAUGAUCUUGAUGAAGAUAAACGCCAAGCUGAGUGGUUUCAAUGCAACAAUUGACUUCAGUCUUCUUGACUCAUGCAACGAGCAAGCUCUUUUCACUCCCGACUUUCCUGUUAUGGUGCAAGGACUCGAGACUAACGUUAUGCCUGGGCAAAAAUCAAUUCUCGGUUUGACAACGUCUUUUGAUCCCAACGCCACGAGCUACUUUGAGCAUGUUGAGACCACUGACACUCCCAAUCUCAUGAAAGACUUGGAAAGGCUUGAAGUUGAUGCGCUGCGCACCUAUUACAAGAUCACUCGACAGAAGCCAAAAGCCAUCAUCUUCAUUCGCACAGCUGUGAACGAACACCAGAUCAAUGGAACUGUCGCGCACGAGUACUAUGCGAUCAAGAGUGCUUGUAAAGAGCUGCAGGACGACUACGAACCCAAGAUCACCUUCAUCAUGGUGACAAAAAACCAUGCAACUCGCAUGGUGGCUAUGGAUCCCACCUACCAGAUCGGCAAGUCGCAAAAUGUUCCCGCUGGCACUGUUGUCGAUACUUCGAUUGUCGAUCGGGAGCGCUUCGACUUCUAUCUUCAGUCUUCCCAAGGCAUCCAAGGUACGUCGAUUCCGGCUAAGUACAUUGUCUGUAAAGACGAAAACAACUUGUCUGCUGAUUCCGUCGAAGGCCUGUGCUACUACCUGUGCCAUGGCUACGUUCGAUGCAACCGAACUGUUUCCCGACCGAAUGCCUUGAUGUACGCUAGUCUCGCCACCGAUCGAGCACGAACUUACUUCAAAGUGGCAAAAGACUACAUUUCCGAUGAACGAAAACGACAACAGUUGGAGCAGCUGCCGGAAAUCCUCGACGGCAAGUACAAAUUUGAAGACCAACCACAGUCUGAAAAGAAGACUAUCAGCCGACUCUACAAGACCAUGUUCUAUUGCUAA